UGGAAAGAAGCAGCUGGGUGCGAUUUUGCAAGGAGACUGAAGUGCUGUAAAUAAAUCGCGAAAAGGGGGCAUUCAAGCUAUAUCUUAAAGGAACCAUCAACACGGAAACGUGAUUGCAGUCUCCUAAGAAGAAAAGAAAAUCUGGCACAAUGACAGCUGCGGAGAAUGUGUGUUACACCCUCAUAAAUGUUCCGACUGACUCGGAACCUCCAACAGAGAUAAGCCUGAAAGCAGAUUUGGAAAAGGGAGAAAUCAAGGCAAAGACGGAGGCCUUGAAGAAGGUGAUCGUCAUGAUCCUGAACGGAGAGAAGCUUCCCGGCCUUCUGAUGACCAUCAUCCGCUUUGUUCUGCCUCUGCAAGACCACACGAUCAAGAAGCUGCUGCUGGUCUUCUGGGAGAUCGUGCCCAAGACCACGCCAGACGGGAAGCUGCUGCAGGAGAUGAUCCUGGUCUGUGACGCCUACAGAAAGGACCUGCAGCACCCCAAUGAGUUCAUCCGCGGCUCCACACUGCGCUUCCUGUGCAAGCUGAAGGAGUCGGAGCUGCUGGAGCCCCUGAUGCCGGCCAUUCGCGCCUGCCUGGAGCACCGGCAUAGCUACGUGCGCAGGAACGCCGUCCUGGCCAUCUACACCAUCUACAGAAAUUUUGAAAAUCUGAUCCCAGAUGCUCCGGAACUGAUCCAUGACUUCCUUGUAAAUGAGAAGGAUGCCAGCUGCAAAAGAAACGCUUUCAUGAUGCUGAUCCAUGCUGACCAGGACAGAGCGCUGGAUUACCUCAGCACCUGCAUUGAUCAGGUUCAUACAUUCGGAGACAUCCUCCAGCUGGUUAUUGUGGAGCUGAUCUACAAGGUGUGCCAUGCCAAUCCUUCGGAGCGUGCACGCUUCAUCCGCUGCAUCUACAACCUGCUGCAGUCCUCCAGCCCCGCAGUCAAGUACGAAGCCGCAGGGACACUCGUCACUCUGUCCAGCGCACCCACGGCCAUCAAGGCUGCUGCUCAAUGCUACAUUGAUCUGAUCAUCAAGGAAAGUGACAACAACGUGAAGCUGAUCGUCCUGGAUCGACUGAUCGAGCUGAAGGAGCACCCCACCCAUGAACGUGUGCUUCAGGAUCUGGUGAUGGACAUCUUGCGGGUUCUGUCCACUCCGGAUCUGGAGGUUCGUAAGAAGACUCUGCAGCUGGCCCUGGACCUGGUCUCAUCCCGCAAUGUGGAGGAGCUGGUGAUUGUCUUGAAAAAAGAGGUGAUCAAGACCAACAAUGUGACGGAGCACGAGGACACAGACAAGUACAGACAGCUGCUGGUCCGCACCCUCCACUCCUGCAGCGUGCGAUUCCCAGACAUGGCCGCUAACGUCAUCCCUGUGCUAAUGGAGUUCCUGAGUGACACCAAUGAAGCAGCCGCGGCCGAUGUGCUGGAGUUUGUACGGGAGGCCAUCCAGAGAUUUGACAACCUGCGGCCACUUAUCAUUGAAAAGAUGCUGGAAGUCUUCCACGCUAUCAAGACUGUCAAGAUCUACAGAGGGGCACUUUGGAUUCUGGGAGAGUACUGCAGCACCAAGGAGGACAUCCAGAGUGUAAUGACCGAGGUCCGCAGGUCCCUGGGAGAGAUCCCGAUAGUGGAGAACGAGAUUAAGAAAGAGGCGGGAGAAGUGAAGCCUGAGGAGGAAGUGACUGCGGCUCCUGCUCAGAAGCUGGUGACUGAGAUGGGAACCUACGUGACACAGAGUGCGCUCAGCUCCUCCCGGCCCUCCAAGAAAGAAGAAGACAGACCUCCUCUGCGAGGAUUCUUAUUGGACGGCGAUUUCUACGUGGCAGCCUCUCUGGCGACAACCCUGACCAAAGUGGCCCUGCGCUACGUCUCCAUCGUUCCAGACAAAAAGAAGCAAAACUCGUUUGUGGCUGAGUCGAUGCUGAUCAUGGCCACCGUGCUCCACCUCGGCAAGUCCUCUCUGCCCAAGAAGCCAAUCACGGACGACGACGUGGACCGCGUCUCGCUCUGCCUCAAGGUCCUGUCCGAAUGCUCACCGCUUAUGAGUGACAUCUUCAACAAGGAGUGCCGCAAGUCCCUGUCUCACAUGCUGACGGUCAAGCUGGAGGAGGAGAAGCUCUCACAGAAGAAAGAGUCGGAGAAGCGGAAUGUGACGGUGCAGGCGGACGACCCCAUCUCUUUCAUGCAGCUGACCGCCAAGAACGAGACCUCCUCCAAGGAGGACCAGUUCCAGCUCAGCCUGCUGGCCGCCAUGGGCAACACCCAGAGGAAGGAGGCAGCCGACCCGCUGGCUUCCAAACUCAACAAGGUAACCCAGCUGACCGGGUUCUCUGACCCUGUGUACGCCGAGGCCUACGUCCAUGUCAACCAGUACGACAUCGUGCUGGACGUCCUCGUGGUCAACCAGACCAGUGACACCCUGCAGAACUGCACCCUGGAGCUGGCCACCCUGGGUGACUUGAAGCUUGUCGAAAAGCCCUCCCCCCUCACGCUGGCCCCACACGACUUCGCCAACAUCAAGGCCAACGUCAAAGUGGCCUCCACGGAGAACGGCAUCAUAUUUGGGAACAUAGUGUACGACGUGUCGGGGGCUGCCAGCGACAGGAACUGCGUGGUGCUGAGUGACAUCCACAUCGACAUCAUGGACUACAUCCAGCCCGCCUCCUGCACCGACGCCGAAUUCCGUCAGAUGUGGGCGGAGUUUGAGUGGGAGAAUAAGGUGACAGUUAACACCAAUAUCACGGAUCUGAACGAGUAUCUCCACCACAUCCUCAGCUCCACUAAUAUGAAGUGUCUGACACCAGAAAAGGCUCUCUCUGGGUUCUGCGGGUUCAUGGCCGCCAACCUGUACGCCCGCUCCAUCUUCGGCGAGGACGCCCUGGCCAACGUGAGCAUCGAGAAGCCCAUCCACCUGGGACCCGACGCUCCCGUCAAUGGCCACAUUCGCAUCCGAGCCAAGAGCCAGGGCAUGGCGUUGAGUCUGGGCGACAAGAUUAACUUGUCUCAGAAAAAGAGCAAUGCAUAAAAGGACCUGCCCCUGGAGACCAGCUGAGACGUCCGUGUCCGUAGGCCCGGGUCACCUGCACCAGCUGUGGCUUGUCAUUCCCUCUAGUCUUUUUGUAUCGCUUAUCCCUACCCUCCAAGCUGAAGUACGUUAAGUGCCCGUUUAUUGCUGAUUGCCUCAACCCUGUUACUGUGUGUGUGUGUGUUUGUGUGUUUGUGUGUUUGUGUGUGUGUGUGUGUGUGU